AUGUCUGACCAUGAGGUCCAACCGCCGGCAGAGAUGGUGUUAGAUGCUGCCACCCCGAAGGCCAAGGCAGGCAAGAGCAAGGAGAAGAAAGCGUCCUCGGAGACCAAACGCUCUGGCCGGUGGUGCGAUGAGAGUGUGGCGACACUCUUUCGCCUUCGUUACGACUCGCAUUUGGCAAAAAUGUUCGAGUCCAAGAACAACGCCGAGAAGAAGACGGCGUACGUGAUGUUGGCGGCGGAGCUGAGCGUCGCCAUCGAAAGCGAUUACACCUUCUCGAAAUUGAAGACAACGUGGGCGAUGACGAAGCCCUCGAACCCCAGCGAUACUGGGAACGCUCCCGUGGCCCCCUUGCCCCCCCAUUACGACAUUAUGUUGGAGUUUUCGGGGUCGAAAAAGGGGUACCAACGGGAAUCGCUCAUGUCUACCGACGCAAUCAUUACCGAUGCCACAAACUCUUCGGACGAAGCCCAAGUAAAGCGUGAGCAUAGUUCGGACGAUGACUACGACAGCGACAAGCCCCCAGAGCGUCGUAAAAAGCGCGAAAAAGUUACGAAAGCCUCUAGUCAAGGCGGGGCGUUGGAAGCCGGCUUUCUCGCCAUAAAGGAGGGACUUAUUCACUUGGGAACGUCGCUGUCUGCUACGACACCGAGUCCUCCGCCCCCACCUGCUUCCAGCGCAACUCUGGACGAUGUAUUGUGUGCAAUUCAGGGCCAAUCUGACACUAUGGCGCAACUCCUUGCUCAUUUGGUUGCACGCAAGUAA